AUGGAUAGUCUUCCCACCAACCCGUACGGUGCGAGAGGAGACUGCGGAGGUUUCCUCCUCCCAAAAGAAUGCGGCGAUCCAUAUUGGGAUUUUGGAGGCGAUGUUUGGAACCGGCUCGAGGCUCCUGUGAAGUACAUGACUGGUGCAACCACCCUCGUGGACGGGUGGGAGUAUGCCAGGGACAAAGAUGCGGAGAAAAUUGACCCUGUGCCAAGUGACGGCCCCUUGAUGUGGAAAUCUAUCACGGAAGAGUUUGUUGCCGUUGUCACCAUGUUUGGAAUGUACAAGAGCGUCAUCUCUUCCGACACUGUUGAGCCAGGCUUCGCCAGACUGAGCUGUGUGCGUCCUGAGCCUCACGUUCAAGGUAAAGGGAAGGAAGGACAAGUACCAGGCGAUGAAAAGGGCGGUGGAGAGAACGAUGAGAAAGGCGAUGAAAAAAGCGAUCAAAAGGGUGAUCAAAAGGGCAACGGAGCUGGUACUGUUUCCGCGGCAUCCAUGUUUAUCGUCGCCGUUGUAUUUGUGCUCCUGCUGUAA